AUGCUGUCCAAAAAGCGAAAGCCAGAGCCAGAUCAAGAGACAGCGUGGAGAUAUACUCGAGCUUUCUUCGAGGAGGGACUUGAAUCUGCUCUAGGGAUCGUGCACCGCCCCUGGUUCGACACGCAGCUCAAAGGCUACUUCGACGGAGACGUUAUGGAUACCGAUCCCGCCUGGUAUGCCCUCCGAAAUGCUAUCUACGCUUUCGGAUGUCGAAUCGAGCUUUCAAAUUGCGGCUCCUUCCAGGAAGCCAAUCAAUCGGCGUGGGGUUAUUUCGAAAAUGCGUUGUCAGUGCAUACGGAAAUGCUAUAUUUCCGAACCUCGAUUGUUGGUGUGCAAGCUCUGACGCUAAUGGCCUAUUUUACCCAGAAUAUUGCUAGCCCUUGUCUCGAAUAUGUGCUCUGUGGUAUAGCUGUACGACUUGGCAUCGCGAAAGGACUCCACCGACAAGCGAUCGCCUCGUGGAAUCUGACCGAAUACGAAAACUCCCUACGCAGUUGUUUGUUUUGGGCCAUAUAUUGUUUGGAGAAGCAAAUCGUUUCUCAAUCUGGACGCCAUUCACUGAUUGAUGAUGACGACGUCAGUUGUCAAGUACCAACAUCCGCCCCUCCCGACAGCACUGUGAACAUCGAGUACUGCAAUACCCUGAUCAGACUGUCGCGACUUUCAUCGUUGGUCUCUAAAAGACUCUCUACGGUUCAGGCCUUUCAGCAGGGCGCAGAGGCUUUGGUGAGAUCCGUCGCUGAGCUCGACGAGCAACUCAAUGUAUUGAAGCGCUCGAUUGACCCGAUAAUAUCUUGUCCUUCUGCUCCUUGUCCGACCCAACUACCAUCCAGAAUGACGCCACAGCAGAUCAUGUAUCUUCGCGGCGCCAUCCAGAGCAUAACUCUCGACAUCCAUACUUCUUUGACUUAUCCGUGGAGUCGGAGUAUGUGUGGCUUAACCCCUCAUGCUGCGUUACGUGAUCAGAUCGAGACAUCAACGCAGGUCGUGGCGGAGAUCUGUCGCCAGGCCAUUUUGGGAACUGAACACAUACGCUUCGAUGCAAGCACUCCUGUCCCGUUGAGCUUUUUUGGACCGAUGUAUGCUUUAAUUAAUCUCUUUAUAUACAUUCUACAAAACCCCCAGAGACCUAGCAUUCAGUCUGAUCUUGCGCUGAUGGAGGUGGGCGCGGGAUACUUUGCACGGGUGAAAUUUGCAACCGGUUCAGGAAUUUCCAUCAGCUUUGCGAGAGAGAUGGCCACCCUCGCCCGAGAAGCCACAGAGAGAGUAUAUGGCAACACCGACGUCGCCUACGACCAAGAUUUCUCCCGCCUUCCGCAAAAGCUCUCGGAGGACGUGGCUGUGGCCGGUCAAUAUCUUGGGAUCGAAGAUCAGCCAUUCAGUGACCAAACCACCGAUGACAUGAGCUCCCUUUUCGACCUCGAGUUGGAAAAUUGGAGCACCUUUCUAUCAACGGACUUCCACGGUACCAUGGCGGAUUUUUCCAUUGUUCCCCGUCACUAG